AUGGUUUACCAAGGGAAGACUAGGAAAUACAUUGAGGAGUACCUCAAAUACGGCUUCACAUCUCUAAGCAAGGGAGAUUUUGAUGUACCCCAGUGUGUUAUAUGCCUUAAAACCCUGAGCAAUGAUGCCAUGCGCCCAACAAGAAUGAAACGUCACCUCACUGGCACCCACCCAGACAUAGUUGACAAGCCAGAAGCCUAUUUUGUAACCAAAAGAGACAGCCUUAUGAGACAGAGACUGGACGGCACAGGAACAUUUCGACAGCAGUCAGCAAAGGUUGUGGAAUCAUCAUAUGAAUUAUCUCUGAUGACAGCUGAUGCAAAAAAGCCACAUAGCAUUGGCGAAACCCUUGUGAAACCAUGCAUUCUAUGGCUACUUCCGGAGGAGAGCUAUCAGAAAUUGUCGAAGAUUUCUCUAUCCGAUUCCACAGUAAAGCUUCGGAUUGAUGAAAUGGCGGAGGACAUAAAAACUCAAGUGCACAGAUGGAGCUCCAGCCAUGUUGGGAUCACGCUCAGGCCUCGUUACCAAGGUGAAAGAGAAGAAUCCAUUGGUAAUAUCUACACACUGCUCCAUACAUCGCCAGGCUUUGGCAGCAAAGACCCAACCCUCGCAACUCCAGGAACAUCUUAA